AGCAGCCGUCUGCGGCUGCCGCGGCCGCCUCCCCUCCGCCCCCCCCCGCGGCGGGCGGCGGGCGGGCGCGGGCCGACCCCCCCCUCGCCGGGCCUCUCCGGCCAGCUUCCCUCCCCGCCUCUGGUGGCCUCGGCCUCGGGGGGGGGGGCGCCCGUCGUGCGGGCCAUGGGCGUCCGCGUGAACCUCGCCUCCAACAGGGACCGAGGGAAACGUGCGAUCGUCAUCGUAGACGCGCCGCUGCAGCUGGAGCAGCUGCAGAAACUGUCGAAGAACAAGCUUCGCCUGAAGGCGACGCGCUUCUUCGCCGAAGGCGGAUCGGAGUUGCAGAGAGGCGACGCGCUGAAGCAGGACCAGCUAGUGCUGUGCUCCGCCGGCGAGGACUACGAGGCCCCUGGCUACGGGCUGACCGCGGAGGCGGCGCUGGUGCUCCCUGGCGCUGGCGGGGGUCUGCCCGGGUCCGCCGAGGAGCCGCCUCCGCCGCCCGCGAUCGUGGGCGUCGGCGGGGAUGGCGCGCCGCUGGGAGGCCUCGGCGAGUUCUGGGGCGCGCGGCCUCGCGAGGGCUGGUACGCCUCGAACCACGGCUUCUGGCAGGAGGUCGGGCGCAGGGGCGACGCGGAGGCCGCCAGCGGCGUCGACGACCCGGACGGGGACGUGCAGGCCUCCAAGGUUUUCAUGAACCAGCUCGUGGCGGACGGGAUCAUACACACCCGAGCUUCGGGGCGAGGCCAGAACUCGGGUGCUGCCAGAGCCCGCCGCGCCCUGGACAUAGGCUCGGGCGCCGGCCGCGUGACGAAGGACUUGCUCCUCAGGUGCGUCGACGAGGUCCACCUCGUGGAAGGUAGCGACGACCUGAUACAGCAGUCGCGCCGCCUCCUGGGCAAGAGGCAGUGCGCCCAGUGUCACUUCUACGUUUUCCAGCUGCAGAACGCGGCGGACGGCGUGCCGUUCCCGACCGACGGCAGGUUCGACAUCCGUCUGGGUGCAGCGGGUGUUGGAGUACCUCACCGACGACGACGUCGUCGCGGUGCUCCGACACUGCCGAGACGCCGUCUCUGGCGGUGGUAUCCCAGGGGGCGGCACGCGGAGGGCUUACAGGAGGUGCGAUUCGGAUCCGAGGGCGAGCCCGGCUGCAUGUUUUUUGCCGAGCUGGCGCCGGACGUGGGUCGGGGCUGCUGCAGCAUCGUGCCGGAUGCCCACCACCAGUGGCUGUUCUGCAGGGCGGGCCUGGACGUUGCGUCCCAGGACUGGGACGGCGAAUUCGUGACGUAUGGCCUCCGGCGUGCGUAAGUGGGGCAGCUCGGGGUCGCGUCGCCGUGGCCCUGUGGCAGUUGGCGCCGGGCUCGCGCACGAGCGCGACGAAUGGAACUCGGACGCCGCAAAACACUCCGGG